ACAACUCUCACCCAACAACUAACUUUCAUCUUCCCACACUUUUGAGGGAACCUCGAUCGACCAUGGACGACGACCCCGAGAGCGGAGGACGGCGGGGUAGCAAUGGCUCUUCGUCGUCCUUUGUGAGGGUACCACUCACGGUACAGGAUCUCGAUGUCGAAGACGCCGAAAGUCAUGUAUUUGCUGCAGUCGAAUCCAGGCAUCACAGAGGUUCGACGGCAUCCUCUAUUCUUCUUGUCGGAGGUGGUGACCACCAAGACGGCAAUAAUAAUGACGAGUCCAAACUUUUUCGAGCUCUCUCCUCGUCUUCUUCCGUCAAACAACAACCACAACAGAAUGACAGAGCUCGACUCGAGCAAGUCGCCGAGCGUGUCAAACGCAUGAAUCGAGUCAAGGCCGUCGCGGCACUCAAGAGGAAACGACGGCAAUCGUCGGCGCGCAAUCUACUCUUGGAUAUCCAAGAAGAGGACGAUACGGAAGCCAUUCUCAAUAUAACAUCACCAGCAGCAACAACAGAUCAUCAUACCAACAAUCAUCCGCAUGAAACAGAUGGACUCAUGAAAGACACUAUUAAGGAGAAUCCCUACGCUGCUGACUUUGAUCAUCAUUUGUUAAAGGCCAAAUUGUCAAGCAGCAGUGACGAUGAGGAGGAGGAAUCCAAUAGACAACAACAACAACAACAAGUGCCACUGAUCCCUCUGCCAAUGCGACGACAUGUUCGAGCACAGUCAGUGCCCCUAGUCUUUGCCACAAACAGUUUUCACAACAUUGGUGGUGCUUCCCAAACGAGACCCUCCUUGUAUGAGACGAGACCCUCCUUGCCUCUCCAUGAACCCCCAUUUCAGCGACACCCACCAUCCGAGGGAUAUAUUGCGACGGGACAUGACGGAUUCCUUGAUAGUAUUCACAUCAACCCCAGCUUUACCAGCAACAAUUCAUCUGUGGUGGGAACCACCAACAACAACAACAAUGAUGGCAGCGGCAAACGACGACAUUCCAAACUAGACACGGUCCUCGAAGGAUAUUAUUCUCCCUGUUGUGGCAAUCCGGCUCGUGUCAAGCAUUUCUUUCCUCGAUGGAUGCGGGAGGUGGGCGCCAUGUGUCAUCCCUACCGUGUCGCCACCAACUGUCAUGAUAUCUUGGUGCGCUCCUUCUUUCUAUGGGUGGGAGUACCGUGUCUGCUCGCGUCGGCGGUCUUUUAUUAUCUGCUCGACAAUCCGGUUGUCACGUUUCUACCGGGCAAUAUCACGGCGGCAUGGUGGCUGCUCUUUGCCACUCGACAAACGGUGACAUUGGGCAUUGCGCGAUUGACCGUCUACGUGCUCGUCGAUGGGUUCAUGCUCGGGACGCGGUUGGCCGUUCAGACGCUCGGGCCACUCCUGACGUUGAUUGCGGCCACCGGAAAAGGAUGGCCUCUCAUUCUGUCCACGUGGGGUGUUUGGAACUUGGUGCUCAUGCACGGGGACCAUUCCUUUCAGAGAAAUUGGAUGUAUUGGACAAGAAUGGGACUCUUUAAUCAGCAUUACGAAGGACUCAUGUUGAACAGCGGCUUGUAUACGCGGGUGCUGCUGUCGGCCGUGUUGGGAGGACUUGCAGUGUCGGCGAAACGAACUUUGCUGGCUUUGAGAUUCGGAAGGAAACAGUUUGCAGAGUUCAAACCUAGAUUGGAACGCAUAUUGGCAGAUGUCGUCAUGCUGAGCGAGAUUGCGACCCUAGCGGAAGAAGCCGACAAGGAAGUGGAACAGGAAUCAAAUGAGGAAGUUCAGACUGUCAACAGCUGGGAUAUCAUUUCAUCGACAAGGAAAUCGAAAAAGAAAGAUUUGAAGGACUACCUCUUUACCGCCGACAUGGAACUCCCGAACAGCACAUCUGCAGAUGAUACUGGUAGUGAUGCCGACUCGCAAUCCACUGAUUCCAUGCGAGCACCGAAUCGCAAGAAUUCUACAACGACAAAAUUCAAUACGUACGCUGGCAUGCAAAGUAACAGGAACACGAAUUCAAGGGGGGCGAACAAUGACGACGCCGACAAAGUAACCAGCAUAGAAAUACCACUUUCACGACAACUGACCAAGUCCGAAAGCGGAAGGAUAAAGAUCAAAGACUUGUUGGAUUCCUGGAGUGAGCCUGACAGCAAGUCGGAUAAGUCGACGGAUGUCUCUAUCCAUGACAUCUUGAAGUUUCGCAGAGCUUUAUCGCAUCUAGAUGAAGAUAACAUCUUUGGCGAAGCCUUUGGAUGCACCAGCACACGGGACGAGUGCAUUGCAUCGAGUCAUGCAGUGUACUACCGCUUGAUGAAGCUUGCACCAACCACCGUGACCGACUCCUCACAAGAUGCAAACUCAGAAACACUCCCGUUCGAGGUUUUAGCCCUCCUGACUCUCGAUGAAGACGGGCAAACUCAAAACAUUGCCAAGAGGCGAAUGAUCAAACGCAUGUUCACACCGGAUCGAACCGGUGGAUUGCCUCUACUUGCUUUUGUUCAAGCUUGUGACAAGAUCUACAAGCGGCUACGCUACUUUCGGGCGUCCAUCCGGAACGCUAGCGUGAUCGACAGCGUCCUCGAGCGGCUCCUCAACGGCCUGUUCUACUUUGUUUUGGUUUUGAUGUUGUCUAGUUUGCUUGAGCUCAAUCCUUGGACCCUCUUGUUUUCUAUCACAUCCCUCCUUGUUUCGGUUUCCUUUGCCUUGGGAUCCAGCGUUUCAAAAUACGUCGAAGGGAUUCUGUUGAUAGCAAUACGGCGCCCUUAUGACCUCGGAGAUCGCAUUUUCAUGGCCUCAGCCGAAGGGCUUAAUCCAGAGCCCGACGUGUCGAAGCACACAUGGUUUGUAGAAGACAUCACCUUAUCCACAACGACGCUGCGAUACGCAUACACGAACGAGGUUGCAACAAUCAACAACUGGAGCAUUGCCGGCUCAAGAAUUGUCAACUGCGCACGGAGUGCCUUUGCCACGGUCCACUUUGAAUUCCAUGCUCGCAUGUGCAUUUUGGAAGGCAACAAGCUGGAUCAGUUUAGAUCUGAGAUAAAGAGAUACGUCGAGGAACGUCCACGAGUUUGGGACAGCCUCAGUUACAUCCGCCACGAUCGUUUUGACGCAGACAACGACAGAAUCGACUUCAAGAUGGCUCUCAGACAUCGGUAUAGCUGGCAAGAAUCCGGGCGAAUAAAGCUGGAUCGGUCUGAUCUCUUUCGUUUUCUUUACGAGCUUGGAAUCAAAUUGGAUGUCCAUUUUGUUACUCCUCCCGAGGAAAGAGUUAUCUAUAACGAAGGCACAUCGAAGAGUGGCGACACCCAUGAUCACAGAUUUCGGUAUAUGAGAGACCGGUUGAGUGGCUCAAACAUCGACAGGUCACCGCCUUGAGUGGUGCAAUUUUGAUAUUCAUCCAUGGUAUUCGAUGUGCCCAUAAAUAUUUUGUACAUUGCAACAUCGUGCUAAGGUUUUGGCCCCAUGCUAGUUUGCUGCGUGUAUGUAUUCUGUUGCUUGCACUGUAUGCCAGCCCCACGUUUCUAGCUUCCUCUCAAGUGGAUCCACUCUGAACUUCUAGCGCUCUUCGUAGCCUUUUCCUAACAUGGGAGCAGACUGUAUUGGUUUGAGCGAGCUGUGGCCCUUCAGUUCAUUCUGCAUCCACCUCUGUAAGGGAGUUGGAUUGCUACCGGUAGGUAUUGACGCGGGUGGAAGCUCUGUGCACGAACAUUUAUGAACAUGCAUGAACACGGUGAAUACCAAAGUUGACCAAGGACUGUUGGAUCCAACUCAACAGACCAUCUACCCUAUCUAGACUGGAGCAGAAGUUCCUAUAGUGCGUAAUGGCAAGAUGCCACUAUCUAGACUGGAGCAGCAGUUCCUA